AUGGCAAGCUCUACUGGCAUACCGGCAAGACUGCCCAACGGCUCCGAGACGGGCCUUACAAGCCGCGAGACAGAGCCUCUCCUUGGCCGCCCCGGCGCUGUUGCGCAAGAAGAGGACAAGUCAGCCCUCAACAACCUUGUCCUAGGCACUGGCAUCAUCGCACAGAUAGGCAUCUGGCUUCUCGCCGUCAUCAUCUGGGCUAGCGUCUUGACAAAGCCUCUCAUCCUCUUCUCCGGACACCCUCUCGCCCAAUCCUUGGCCGUGCUGGUGCUGGUGCAGUCCGUGCUGUUCCUCCAGCCCACCCACACGAGCGAGCAGAAGCGCCUCGGGCAGCGCGUCCACGGCCUGCUCAACCUGGUGGCCUUUCUCGCCCUCGUUGCCGGCGUGACCAUCAUCGAGUACAACAAGGAGAAGAGCCACAAUGCGCACUUCCACUCGGUGCACGGCUACCUCGGCGUCAUCACCUCCAUUGUGCUUCUACUGCAGUACCUCGUCGGCUUCACCAUGUGGGCCACGCCGAAGCUGUACGGGGGCGAGAACAAUGCCAAGGCCGUCUGGAAGUAUCACCGAUACAGUGGCUACCUUGUCUUGGCCCUCUUGCUGGCCACCGUCAACAGCGCGACCCAGACGGACUAUAACAAGAAUGUGUUGAAGAUUAAGCUGUGGGCCACGCUUGUGCUGUCGGCUCUUAUUGUCAUUGGAGUCUAUCCCCGGAUUCAGAAGCAGAAGCUGGGUUUUGCCCGGCCGAGUGUUGCGCUUUGA